CGGGCUUAAUUGUGGAAAAGGAAAGAACAACACAACACAUUGCCAGAAAAAACCUAAGACUCGAGUAAAAUUACAAUUUAUGCACAAAAUUUCCUUACAUAUUUACGGUGGCAUUUAUUUAGCGUGUAAAUGUUGGUGCGUUCCAUACUUUUAACGUAGGGUUGCUAACCUUCAUGCCAGUAGCUCUCGUGAGUGGAAACUCAAUCUGUCUCUCUCCAACUGUCAUUCUCUAGCAAGUAGAAAUGAGACAGCAAGGCACAUCAGAUGCAGCGCAGAAAGCUGAGGUGCGGCUGUAGAGCGAAAAAAUUGUUUCCGUACGACGACGCUAGCGUGUGCAACGACAAAGGUUCUAGCAGGUUUUUGUUUGUGCGUGAAAAUUACUUGAUUAACCGCGGUGAAGUUUUCCUUCCGGUUGAGUAUUACGUGAAAUGAGUGGUCAUUGGCGAGAAAGUGACCGUUCAUCGUCGGACGAUUCGGAUGCGGAGGACAGGAAAAUUUACGUGCCACUACGCGAUACGACGACCACGGCUCGAAGCCUAUCGCAGCCGAAAUCGGAGUGGUUGUCCGGUACAUGGCCUUUGAAACCUUUCGAUGAAACUUUGCCGACUAACAAACGAAAGGCGGAAUGGAUUCGGUUCCGUGACCAAUUUGAAAGAAUCGUGUCGUGUAAAGCGCCUGUUGGAUCAAGUACGAGGCUCACAGGAAUGAAAAUAUUUGCCGGAAAUUAUUUGUUGAGCAUUAUCGAGCUACAUGAAAAGCUCGUGGUGGCGGCGGACUCGACCGACGUGUACUUUGAUACAGUUUCGGCACUGAACAGGUAUUUCAAUCAGACGUGUGACUCGGCUAAGGAACGCUUGAAGUUUCGCGAGAUGCGCAUGAGCGUAAACGAAUCUUUUGGAGACUGGGUGCUGCGGCUCGAAGCACAAGCAAAAUUUUGCGAUUUCGCUGGCCAACAACGCGAGGAGGAGUUUGUACAAGCCCUUUUGAGACGUUCCAUCCCCGAAAUCGCCGACAAACUGUAUGAGAUGUCCGACGUCUUCGAGAAUGAUCUUCAGCGAAUCAUCAAGCAUGGCAUUCUGGCAACCCUGCCGUGCUUCGAAGUUGUGUUUUCUGCUGUGUCAACAAUCAAUCAUCAUUUUCGACGAAUUCGCCACCUAUAAUUGCCCAACGCCUCAUCAACUCACCCGCAACCGUACAAUUUCCAAGCCUCACAAGCUAAGCAACGUUCUCAGGAAGGUAGGAUUAGUGAAUAUUAAUUAUUCCGAGCCGGCUAGAGUGUGGUUUGAGAAAACUGCCCACCGCCAUUGCCCAAUUCGUACAAAUCUCCCGCCUCGCCGCUCUCCACCUUACUGAUCUUGCUGCUCUGUGGAUGUAUUGUUCACCGCCCACCGACUGCUGCAAUUAAACAGCUGCUGCCCACCGAUCAAGUUUUUUUUAUCACCCUAUAUACGCUACUGCUCCUGUUAAUCGAGACAAUACAUCGCUCCUGUUCUUGCCCAUCUUCUUACUCGACAAUCCGAAACCCCCGCCGAAGCCUUGACAGGCUCAAUCAUUGGAAAUCUUCCGCUGUGCUGUUUGGAGAUCAUCGCCACCGUCGUCCGCACGAUCAUCAAGGUAAACACACCACAUCGUAUCGUACUGCCCAGCACCUUUGCGACGCUAGCUGUGUGAGUGAACAGUCAUUUUCGUAUCUGUAGCGAACAGUGUUGCCAGUUUCACCGUCUGGUUUUGCAAACUUUGGGUGUGACGCUCGAGUGACGCUCCAAUUUCUGUUACGAUUUUUUGAACUGACGGUUGAUUGCUACGAUGGAAAUUUGCAACAGCUGCGCAAUAACCAUGACCUCGCCUGAAGCGAUUUGCAAAGGCUUCUGCAAGGCAUCGUUCCAUUUCAAAUGCGUUCAUCUAUCGGAGUCGUUCUACAAAGAAAUUUGUGGAAACCCUGCUUCCUUCUGGUUUUGCAGAGGAUGUUGCGAAAUCAUGAAGAGCGCUCGUUUCAAGAAUGCUUUGAUUUCGUCGAAUGCAGCUUCUUUGGAGCUAAGGGACGCCUAUCAACAGGUGGUUGAGGAUUUGAAAGCUGAGAUCAAAACAAGCCUGUUGGCUGAGUUGAAACAAGAGAUCCAAGGAGGUUUCAACAAGUUGUCUCCUGCUGUCCUGUCACCUGUUCCCCGACGUUUUCAGUUCAGGGAUCGAGCCACGCCAAAGCGAUCUCGUGAUGAAGAAACUUCGCUUCCGACGGAGCAACCAUCGAAAAUCUUCUGCGGUACUGGCCAAUCGGUUGGUAACAUAUCAGUUGAACCUGCUGCUAACGCCAACGAUAACUUCUGGGUGUAUUUGACUAGAAUAUCACCCGAAGUCUCAGAAACCGAUGUCCAAAAUUUGGCCAGGGAACGCUUACAGAUCGAUAACGUCGUUGUCAAAUCGCUGGUUCCAAGAGGAAAACCGCUCUCGACUCUAUCUUUUGUAUCCUUCAAGGUCGGAGUGCAUAAGGAUCUGAAAUCGAAGGCAAUGGAUCCGGCAACAUGGCCCCAAGGAAUACAAUUCCGUGAGUUUGUUGACCAUGACGCCAAUGCUCGGAAUUUUUGGAAACCAAUCCAACGCUUAGACCCAGGAGCAACGUCCGAAUCGCAGCCAACGUCCCAAUCUCAGCCAACGUCCCAAUCGCAGCCAACGUCCCAAUCUCAGCAAUCGUUCCAAACUCAGCCAACGUCCCAAUCUCGGCCGCCGGUCACUCUUCAACUAUCGACACAAUGAAUCGACGCCCCGUAUCUCGCAACCGUUCAUCUAGAUCUACCGAUUCGCCCCAGUAUUACUUGACUGUGUACUACCAGAAUGUCAGGGGCAUUCGUACGAAAACCAACGAACUUUUCCUCAACCUAUCAUCCUGCGACUAUGACAUCGUGGUUCUCACGGAGACGUGGUUGCAUUCUACUAUCUCGAAUUCCGAAAUUUCUACGUGUUACAACAUUUUCCGCUGUGAUCGGAGUUCAGCUACCAGUAACCUCGUACGUGGUGGUGGCGUUUUGAUUGCCGUGAAAUCCUCUCUCAGCUGCAGGUCUGUUCAAGUGCAAGACUGUGAGAAUCUUGAACAAGCCAUUGUGUGCAUCAAGUUGAAGUGCUCAUCGUUGUACGUGUGUGGCAUCUAUCUCCCACCAAACUCUCAAACAGCAUUGUAUGCCUCGCAUUCGUCAGCCAUUCAGCAACUGUGUGAAAACUCAUCUGAGCAGGACAUGAUCGUCGUCGUGGGUGAUUUCAACCUUCCUCGCCUUACCUGGGAGAGGGACGAUGACAUCAACGCUUUGCUGCCGUCUAAUGCAUCAUCCGAACAGGAAAUUGUUUUAGUUGAAACAAUGGUUGCUUCAAGUCUCCAUCAGGUUAACACCUUCCGCAACUCGACAGGCCGCAUACUGGACUUGGCAUUCGUCAGUGAACCGGACGACGUAGAGCUGUUGGAACCGCCGACACCCCUCCUCAAAAUUGACGACCAUCAUAAACCGCUCGUGCUUCGGGUCGACACGAACAUCGAUCUCAUGCAGCAUGCGUCGAAUCCCAAUCUACAUGAAACCUAUGAUUUUCGGCAUUGCAAUUUCGCUGAACUCAAUGCGACCAUCUCCUCCGUUGAUUGGACUGGGUUGUUUCACGGUAAGACCACUGAUGAGACGGUAUGCAUAUUUUACGAAAUAUUGCAUGGAAUCCUGAACGAAUAUGUCCCGCGUAGACGAAGUAGGUGCCAUCCAUUUAAGCAUCCUUGGUGGACUUCCGAGUUGCAACAUCUUCGUAAUGUGCUCCGCAAAGCUCGUCGGCGUUAUUUUCGGACAAAAACGAAUGAAAACUUGGAGAAUCUUCGCGCCAUUGAAGCCCAUUACAACGAAUGUCAAAAUGCUUCAUUUCGAAGUUACAUCUUACGAAUGGAAACGACUGCCAAGCAAAAUCCCUCGUCUUUCUGGAAUUUCGUUCGUAACCGAAGACGUUCUAAUCGGAUACCGACUGAUAUGACUUUCGAGAAUCGUACUGCCGACUCCCCUGAAACAUUAGCCGAUAUGUUUGCGGAUUUCUUCGAAAAUGUGCAUUGUUCUAACUCGCCAACGUUUUCGCCCGACAAUCUCAGACAGUGCCCAGUAUUUGAUCUGAAUUGUCCGCUUUUGGAAAUAACAUCAGCCGAUGUCGUAUCAGCCCUAAAAGAACUUGACGUUUCUAAGGGGCCAGGCACCGAUAACCUUCCUCCAGUGUUCCUGAAGGAAUGUUCAGAAUCUCUGCAAAAACCUUUGUGCGCUAUUUUCAACAAAUCGCUUCGCGACUGCACAUUUCCGGAGCUGUGGAAGACUGCAUCAAUUCGUCCAAUUUUCAAAUCCGGCUCUUGUCACGCUAUUGAUAACUACCGUGGUAUUUCCAUUCUAUGUUGCGUUGCGAAAGUGUUUGAAAGCUUAGUUCAUGGCGCUCUGUAUACUGCGGCUCAACCGUUUAUUUCCGAGUAUCAGCACGGCUUUGUUAAAAAACGAUCGACCACCACGAAUUUAAUGACAUUCACAAAUUUCGUCUCAAAUGCGUUCAGGAACAAAGCACAAGUUGAUGCCAUAUAUUUCGACUUCUCCAAAGCCUUCGACAGAGUUCCGCACGAUCUUGCUGUUGCUAAGCUAAGUCACUUGGGCUUUCCCCGUUGGGUAACAGAUUGGUUGCAUUCCUAUCUGACUGAACGCAAAGCAUUUGUUUGUAUCAACGGUACGCAAUCUCGUCACUUUUCCAUCACUUCAGGCGUGCCUCAAGGCAGUGUCCUAGGACCUUUAAUUUUUGUGUUGUUCGUGAAUGACCUCUGCUAUCGGCUGAAAUCUGAGAAAGUUUUGUUUGCUGAUGACCUUAAGUUGUACAGGACUAUUUCGUCGCUCGUUGAUUGCUGCGCGCUUCAGACCGAUGCUAACGAGAUUCAGCUGUGGUGUUUAGAAAACGGGAUGAAACUGAACACCAAAAAAUGCAAGUGCAUCACAUUCACCCGGCGUUCCUCAAGCAUUCAAUUUGAGUACGCAAUUGGCCCGGAUAUUUUGGAACGUGUUGAAUCUAUUCGAGAUCUAGGAGUCACCAUCGACUCUAAACUGCAGUUCAACGAUCACAUUAGCAUCACGACUGCGAAAGGAUUUGCUGCUCUAGGAUUCGUUCGUCGCUGCACCCAUAAAUUCCGAGAUAUUUAUGCGAUGAAAACGCUUUACUGUUCGCUCGUUCGAAGCGUUUUGGAAUACGCUGUUUGCGUGUGGUCUCCCCAUCACACUACGCAGAUCAUCCGAAUGGAGAGAGUCCAACGCUGCUUCAUUCGGUACGCGUUACGUCAACUGCCCUGGUCCAAUCCUGAGGACCUUCCUGACUAUGGUAGUCGCUGCGCCCUGAUAGCAUUAGAGACGCUCUCUUCUAGACGCAAGAAUUUGCAAAGAUUGUUUAUAUUUGAUCUGUUAGUAGGCAACAUUAACUGUUCGUCUUUGUUAGAAAAUGUGUCUUUGUAUGCUCCUUCUCGACUUUUACGUGACCGUGACCUUCUGUUUGUUAGAUUUUAUAGGACAUGCUACGGCAUCAAUAAUCCAUUAGACAAAUGUAUUCGUGCUUUUAAUAGUGUUUGUGCUCUGUUCGAUUUUCAUAUUUCAAAGUUUGUCUUUAAAAAUAGGAUUAGGAACUUAGAUUAAUAUGCAGUCUGGGGAAUUUGUAUUACAAUUCAAGACGGUGAUAAAUAAAUAAAUGGCAAGCACUUGGACUACAUCCGAGCUGAAGCGGCCGACCAGAACAGAGCACCUAAGGAUGCGCCAAGCAGCUCAAAUGCAGAAAGGAGUGUGGAAAAUUUUGAGACUCGGCCAGUGAACGCUGUGCAGUCGCUGAAGCCCAAGUUCGGAUCGUAUCGUUUUGAACCGUAUCCCAGAGGACGACCAGAAGCAGAACGUUUUCAACUCUCGCCGUGGCAGUUCUCAGCAGCGGAGUUUCCGAAGCAACGAAGGAGUUCGAUCCUGCAUGAAAUGUGGACGGCUGCAUGGCCCUAAGCAGUGUAAAGCAUUUCGAGCUAAAUGCUACUCAUGUGGCAAAGUGGGCCACUACGCUGAAUACUGCCACACACCGAGGAAUACCAACGCCAGUGAUCAUACAAACGGAGUAAAAGCAGAAGCGGAGCGGAUUAACCAGUUGAUCACUCAAAAGCCUGGACUACAGAAGUCUUUUACAGACCCCAGACUUGUUGAUUGUUUGAUUGGUACCGAACCGGUUCAAUUUUUGAUCGAUUCUGGUGCUACAGUAAACACAAUAACGGUUGCGAGCUGGAACAGAAUCAAGAAAAACUGUAGAUCUGUGAUUCAUGAUCUAGUAGCAUAUCCGGAAGAAAUUUUGAAAGCUUGCGGUCAGGAGAACUCUCUCGAUGUUGAAUGUUCCUUUUGGGCUUACAUUGGAGUUCCCAAUCAAAGAAAAUUGCAGUUAGCCAAAUUUUUCGUCAUUAAGGGAACUCAACUGGCCUUGCUCGGUUUCGAAACUUCCCAAAAGUUGGACCUUGUUCGAGUUGGACUUCCACUAGAAAUGGGAGAGGGAUGCAAUCGCCAAAAAUAUGCUGCCUUUAACCUGACAGCGGAGACUCGAGAAUUUCCGAAGGUCCGCUCAGAUCCUAUCAAGUUCAGGAUCGAUGAGUCGGUAACUCCAAGGCAGAUUAUAAGAUACAACAUUCCGAAAGCUUUUGAAAGCGCCACUAUCGACAGACUUCGAACAAUGGAAUUGAAGGGAAUAAUCGAGCGAGCAGAUAAAGAGCAUGAUAUCAUCACCCACGUUUCACCACUUGUGUUGGUCCCUAAAGGUACUAAUGAUUUCCGCAUAGUCAUCGACUAUAGAGCAGUCAACAAAGCGAUCAUUCGAGAACCUUAUCCCAUGCCAUCACUGGAGAAAAUCUGGUCAGACAUUCCAAAAGGAACAAUGUUCUUUACGAAGCUGGAUUUAAAGGACGCAUACUUCCACGUUGAGCUUCACGAAAGUGUGCGUCAUUUCACAACUUUCAUGACGGCAAAUGGGCUUAUGCGUUUCAAAAGAUUACCUUUUGGUUUGUCAUGCGCGCCCGAGCAUUUCCAACGCGUGAUGGAGAGAAUACUAAUCAGGUGCAAGAACGUCAUAGUAUAUCUUGACGAUAUUCUUGUUUACGGUAGCACAAUCGAGGAGCUUGAGGCAAAUGUGUUGGCUGUAAAGGCUGCGCUGUAUGAGAAUAACCUAACCAUUAACGAGAAGAAGUCUAUGUAUAAUCAGGAAUCAGUUGAAUUUUUGGGGUUCACAAUCGACGGCAGUGGAAUUUUGCCCGCUAAACAGAAAAUAUCGGAUAUCAAAGCUUUCGGAAGACCCAAAAACGUAUCCGAGGUGAGAAGUUUCCUGGGAAUGAUGACUUUCAUAAGCCCGUUUAUUCGCAAUUUUGCGCAUAAGACCAAACCUCUGCGAGAUCUGUUGUCAGCGGAUUCAAAAUUCGAAUGGGACGAUGAGCGACAGAAUGCCUUCGAUGCACUCAAAGAUGCAGCAGAGAAUGAUUUGACGAAGCGUGGCUACUUUGACGAGAAGGAUAAUACCGUUCUGUAUACCGAUGCGUCACCCUGGGGAAUCGGUGGAGUUCUAGUACAGGAAUCAGGAGGCAUGGUAAACCGCAGAAUCAUAGCCUGUGCAUCAAAGAGUCUGACCGCGGCAGAAUGCCGUUAUCCACAGCUACAUAGGGAGGCACUAGCUAUUAUCUGGUCAAUGGAGAGGUUUGCGUACUAUCUUUUGGGAAGGAAGUUCACGUUAAGGUGUGAUAGCGAAGCUCUCAUGUUCAUGACUAAAGCUAACGGAAAAGAUGUAGGGAAGCGAAUCCUGUCUAGGGCUGAAGGUUGGAUGAUGCGUAUGGAUCAUUACUGUUUCGAGUUUGAACAUGUGUCGGGCAAAGACAACAUUGCUGAUGCAGCCUCCAGAAUUGGCAAUACAAGGAACGAUCCGCAAUUUGGGAUGGAUAAGGAACCCCAUGAGUUAUGCUCGGUUACAGCAGACACAAGUAUCAUCAACAACCACCUGUUGGCGUUGACCACGGCAGAAGUGAAAGAAUCGUUAGCCAAAGAUGAUGAGCUCCAAUCUGUAAUCCGGUGGCUUAAAAAUACUGCACAAUGGCCCGAGCAAAUCGCACGGUACCAAGCUUUCCAAAAUGAUAUGUACGUCCAUGGUUCGUUGUUGAUGAAACUCGAAAAGAUGGUUCUGCCCAGUGUAUUACGCGCUCGUGCAUUGCGACUCGCGCACCGCGGCCAUCCUGGGAUGUCCACGAUGAAGAAUUUCCUGAGGCAAGGGUUAUGGUGGCCUGGUAUGGAUCGGCAGGUGGAAGAUUUUGUAAGAAGCUGCCCGGAGUGCCAGUUAGUGACCUCGGUAAGUCGCCCAUUGCCGAUCACGAUGACGGAAUUACCCAAAAACCCAUGGGAUUAUGUCUCUAUGGAUUUUUCAACGGCCUCAGAUGUAUGUAGUUGGAAAGCUCUCGUGCUGACGGACAACUAUUCGCGAUUCCUGGUUGCGUUGCCCAUGGAUAAGACGGAUACGGAUGCAGUUAAGAAGGCACUUCAGCGUGUUUUUAACACAUACUACUUGCCAAAAACUAUGAAAGCGGACAAUGGCCCUCCGUUCAACAGCACUGAACUCAAAACGUGGCUGCAAAACGAGUGGGGAGUGAAGCUUAUCCACAGCACUCCACUGAACCCGACAGAAAAUGGAUUAGUGGAAAGAAGUAUGAAGGGAAUUAACAAAAUAUCUGCAAUUGCAAGACUGGGGAAGAAAAAUUGGAAGGACGCAUUGGCCGACUACGUGGCAGCGUACAACUCUUGGCCGCACCAUGUUACAAAGAUUCCACCAGCUGAGUUAAUGUUCGGGAGGACUGUGAGAAGCCUGCUGCCGGAUAUACGGACGGAUUCCCAGCAGAUCAUGGAUGAGGAAUUGCGAGAUCGAGACCAAGCGGCUAAAUUCAAACGCAAUGCUAAGGAAGAUGUUAGGCGAAAGGCUUCUGAACUGAACAUUAAGGUAGGAGACAUUGUUUUGGUAAGUCAGCCGAAACGUGAUAAAACGGAUACGCAAUAUAAGAAUGCUUUUCAUGAAGUGAUCAAAAUCACUGGCGCUGGACGAGUAACGAUUAAGGACUUGACUACGCAAAAGGUCUAUGAACGCAACGUAAAAUUUCUGAAGAAAUUUGUUGAGCCCCAGAUGAUUCUGGGAGAGGAAGAGGACCUAGGAUCGCAAGUUUCUCAGGACGUUCAGCAGGAACUAAACGAAAGCACCAUCGAUCCCACACCAGUGGCAACUGGAUCGUCCUCGUCUAAAGACUCAAAUACUGAAGAUCAACCAUUAUCUAAACGCCGAAAUACUCGAGAGAUCAAACGACCACAAAGAUACUUAAAUACUGUUCACGACAAUUAAUAUGCACGUUUUUAACCAUUUGUUUUGGGGGAGGAUGUGGUAUUCCAAGUUAAGUGUGCAUUAUAACUAGUUCUAGGGUACUGCAGGUUUAGUGUGUAAGAGAUGGCUAGAGAAGAAAGAAGUCAAAUAAAUAAGAGCUGGUGUUAAACCUGUGAAUGGACUGUGUAUAUGAUGAGACGGUGUUCCGAAAGAUCUGGGGAGU